AUGAAGUUUGGGCGCAAUCUUCCACGGAAUGUCGUUCCUGAGUGGAGCUCCUCCUACAUCAAGUACAAGGCGUUGAAGAAGCUCAUCAAGUCGGCGGCAGAAGAUGUGAAGGCUGGCCAUGAGGCAGAUCUUGCCGGAUUCUUUUACUCCCUCGAUCGAAAUCUCGAGGACGUCGACUACUUCUAUAACAAGAAGUACUCGGAUUUUGCUCGCCGCCUCAAGUUGCUAGAGGAUCGGUAUGGCCAAUCUUUGGAUGCUGGUCAUCGUCUUGACUCGGAGGAGGUUGAGGACCUUCUGGCCGCCUUGCUUGAGCUGCGCGGCCAGCUACGGAAAUUACAGUGGUACGGCGAAGUCAAUCGCCGUGGGUUCAUCAAGAUCACCAAGAAACUGGAUAAGAAAGUAGGCGUCCAUGCGCAGCGGACUUAUUUAGAAACGAAGGUCGACCCAUCUCCAUUCGCCUCGAAUGCGCGGGUCACCGAGUCAUUGAAGCAAAUCAAUGACUGGCUUUCGGUACUUGGUGAGCAGAAGGUCUCAGACGAUGCCAGCUCCACUCGCUCUUCCCUCUCACUGAAGAGGGGUCCGGCUCGCCCACACUUGAACUUACCCUCGAGUUUGCUUGUCGCUGUCGACGAAGCGUUGCGCAAAGAUGACACACACGUCCUCCUGGAAUUACUGGAGGACCUUAGAACUUCUACGGACAAGCUUGGAGGAAACCUUUUCCCUAAAGUCCUCGAGAGCCUCUUGCAGCGGUCUAUUUACUACCGCUCGAAAAGCUGCAUUUCCGUCCUGCUCGACCGAAUGGAUAGCCUCGAUGAUGAAGAUGAUAUCAACAAGCGUAACUGCAUUCACAGAUUAGUGAUCUCAAUCGGUCGGACACAGUCCACGACUGACUCGGAGGAGUCCGCUUCAAUGGUCCUGGACUUCCCCCUUGAAACCUCCAAUUAUAUUACGCCCGCUGCCCUGCCAACAUUGCAGCCUCCUCGGAAUGUAGUGAAGGAGUCGGAUCACCCUCAGCAUUUGGAUAGAUCAGAUCCGUCGGUAUCGCUUCUACACCACCUGCUAGAGGAGCUCCGGCCUAGGCAACGACCUGCUCUGCUUUCCAAGGAUAUCUCGGGUCGUACCCCACUGCACUAUGCUGCUCAGUAUGGGUUCAGAGUGGUCUGUGAAGUCAUCAUCGAGCACCUGCAGGCGUGGGAUAUGUUUGAUGUUUCUGGGGGUAUCGAUGGGCCGCACUGGCAGGAUAAUGAUGGUUGGGCCCCUCUGCAUCUGAGUGUGGUUGGUGGUCACCCAUUAACUACACGCACCCUUUUAGACGCCGAGAACUGGCAAGAUGCCAGUGCGGACAAGUCGACCACCCGGAAACAGGUCUCCAAAUCAAGCGCAGUACUUGCGAUGGCCACAAAGGCAAACUUUGUUGAUAUCGUCAAGCUUCUGGUGGAUGCAGGGGUUGAUAUCAACUAUCAGGAUGAGCAGGGCGAAACCGCGUUACAUGUCGCAGCCCGGUUUGGCCAUCAUAUGUGCGCCAAGAUCUUGUUAGAGGGCAACUGUGACCAAAAGGCGGAUACGGAAUUGGUUGAGCACACGUACUCUUGGACACCACUGUUCAUUGCCAGUGUUGAUGGGUCGCUGAGCGUUGUAGACCUGCUGAUUGAAGCUGGUGCCGACCUUGAAAAAGCCGACUCCUCUGGGUGGACUGCGAAGGAACAUGCAGCGCUGAGAGGUCACCUUGACAUCGCUCGACGUCUUGCCGAACUUACACCUGAGCCUGAUGUCGCGGAAGCCGAGCCUGUGAUACCGAUCCCUGUAGCUUCCUCCUCUCCUCCAGCCCCAUCCUCUUUGAUAGAGCGAAGAUCUAACACCAGCACGCCCUCGGGUAGUUCUAGUACGCGGGAUGUUGAACCUGUUAAAUCUUUUGGACACAGGUAUCUUACCGACGAGGCCAUGAUACUGGUGAGCCUGGGUACCAUGGAUAUGCACAGGCCCGUGGAAGCAGUUAACCUUGAUCGUAUCCCAAUGGAGAACGCUCAUUCCACCCAGCUUGAUACUGCAUUGUCCAUCGUUGUUUCUGCUAACGGGGCUCAUGGAGAACCCGAGAUCAUCGAUCUGCCUGUGCAAGACAAUAUCUCGACGGAGCCAAUCGUUUUCCAUACUGCCGACGCGACGAAAGUGAGACUUUUAUUCGACCUCGUCCCGACCUAUGCUGGUUCGAAAGACCAGGUGGUUGGGCGUGGUGUGGCGCUACUCUCUAGCAUUAAGCAAAGCGUAGGCUCCAAUCGCAUCAACUUGAAGGGUGACUCGACUGUGCCUAUUGUGGCUGCAAACACCCUGGAAGUCAUCGGCACGGUCACAUUCAACUUCCUCAUCGUCACGCCUUUCAAGCACCCGAACAUGUCCAUCACCGGUGACCGGACCUAUUGGAAGAGUAUGAGCUCGACCAUGGUUAUUGGACACCGUGGCUUGGGUAAGAAUAUGGCCAGCCGCAAUUCGUUGCAGCUUGGUGAAAAUACGGUGCAGUCGUUCAUUGCAGCCGCGAACCUUGGCGCAUCUUAUGUUGAAUUCGAUGUACAGCUGACCAAGGAUCAUGUUCCCGUUAUUUAUCAUGAUUUCCUCGUCAGUGAAACCGGAAUUGAUGCGCCAGUUCAUACUCUCACGUUGGAACAAUUCCUUCAAUUGGGUGACAGUGGAUCGUCUCGUCGAUCUGGCUCCCCAUCUCAGGCGCUUGAUGCUCUUGGAAAGGAGGCAAACACUUCUGCUCUUCGUCAACGCUCAAUGUCUGUCGGUGGUUUUGAAUAUGACCCUGCGGAAUUAAACGAGAAGAUCAAGCACACUCGCGAUUUCAAGAAGAAAGGCUUCAAAGGCAACACCCGAGGCAAUCACAUCCAAGCACCCUUCGCCACAUUGGAAGAGCUUUUUAAGAAACUUCCUAAAUCUGUUGGAUUCAAUAUUGAACUGAAAUACCCCAUGCUCUAUGAGAGUGAGGAAGAGGAGAUGGAUACCUACGCAGUGGAACUGAACUCCUUUGUGGACACGGUUCUUACCCAGGCGUACGAGUUAGGUCAAGGCCGCAACAUGAUCUUCUCUAGUUUCAACCCUGACAUUUGUUUGUUGCUUUCCUUCAAACAACCCUCUAUCCCGGUGCUCUUCUUGACGGAUUCUGGAGCCUCUCCUGUUGGUGAUAUUCGCGCCAGCAGUCUGCAGGAGGGAGUUCGGUUUGCGUCCAGGUGGAACCUGCUCGGUGUUGUCUCGCAGGCCGAGCCACUCGUACUCUGUCCUCGACUGGUUCGAGUCGUUAAAGAGUCGGGUCUGGUUUGUGUCUCUUAUGGAACUCUAAACAAUGAUCCUGCCAAUGUCAAGCGCCAAGUGUCUGAAGGUAUUGACGCGGUCAUUGUCGACUCUGUUCUCGCCAUCCGAAAGGGUCUUACGGAGCAUCAGAGCAACUCAGUUACUCCUCAACGUAGCCCACUCGUCCAGCCUACCCCAGUUGCUCUGAAAGAUACUCUUCAAAUACCCAUUCUCAACCAUGCUGAGCAGAAAGACGAUCACCUUCACAUAAAGCCGGAGGCUGUCAUUUGAGCGCCUGUCAUUGCAUAGGCAAUUCAACCUGCCACCAAGCCAAAGGCAUGGUUUCUACACCAUUAUGCAAUUUAAUGAGAUAUAGAUGUUUAGU